AAUCGAAAUAUUCUCUCUGUAAAUAAUAAUAUCUUUGAUUUUUCUUACAUUCAAGUAUGAGUUUUGGAUUGCGCCUGAAGUGCCGCGAACUACUGGCAGACUCCUUGAGGAUUGGCCAGUUGACCGAGGGAUGCGGGGAUCCUGAUGACUUGGCUGCCCAGCUGGAGGAAGCCAUCUACGAGGAGCUGAGGUGUUCGAAUGAUAAGUACAAGAAUCGCAUCCGUUUGCUGCUAUGCAAUCUGCGCGAUCCGAAGAAUCCCGGGCUGCGCGAUAAGUUCCUGCGCGGAUUGGUGACCCCGAAUCAGCUGGCCAGGAUGUCCCUUGAGGAGAUGGAAAGAAAUUACCUGGAGCAGAUUCCCCAGAAGUUUACCCAGGAGGCGAUCAACCAGACCCAAAUGCCCAAGGUCCAGGGCACCAAGAAGAACCAGUUCAAGUCCAAUCGUGCAUCCAGUUGCAAAAAGAUGAGCCGAUGGUCACCUUUGUAAUCUGCAACCAGUGCGGCAACCGAUGGAAGGUUUUAAAGAACAGGGAUCCAAUCCCAAGGAAAUGGCGGAAUUCCUUUGAU